AUGUCUGCGAGUUUGAAGAAAGUUAAGAAAUUUUAUAAGAAGGAGUCAUCAAGUGAUUCAGAUUAUAGUAGCUCUGAUCAAAAUAGUGAAAAAUCCGAUGAGCAUGAUCCCAGAGAUGAAAAAAUCAAUCAAAGCCCAAAGAAGAUGAAGUCUUCUGAAUUUAGAAAGCUUAAGAAUUCGGCUGCUCAGAAGCAUCAGAACAAAAUUACAAGCCAGGACUGAAAUAAAAAGGGGAAAUCAAUUCAUAGCCACCCUAUCGCUCCAAAAGGCUUAACCUUCAAACAACUUGACAUUGACGAUACAGAAAGUGAUUAUAGUGAAAUUUCAGAUUUGUCAGACUUAAUUGGAUCAACCAUAUAUCCAAGUGAAAGAGACCCCCUCACAGAUCCCCAAAUUGAACCCUCAGAUUUCUCAGAGCCAUCAUGUACAAGUUCAAGAAUUGAAGAAAGUAAGACAGGAUCUGGAAAACCUUUAAAACAGGCAGAAACCUCAAGAAUUACUAAGAAAUCUGGAAAGAAUAAAGGCCCUUCAAAUUAUUCUUAUGUCCAGCCAAGAGGUGCAGAUGGGCCUCACUCUAAGAACUCCACUAGCAGAGAAGAGAAGAAGAUUGCUCAACCAAGAGGAGCUAAAAAGGGAAGAAAUGGCAGGAAACCAGGAUUUAAAAAUAAGAAGAUAUUUAAAAAAAAGAUAGUAAAUAGUGAUGAUUCUUCUUCAAGUGACGAUGCCCUGAGCCAAGCAAUAGAGAACAUUAUCCAAUCAAAACCAGCACGCACUAAGAAGCAGCCUCCUCCAGUAGAAUCUGGUCUUGUAACCUUUGGGCAAUCCCCAACAAAUGAGGAAGAUGACCCUGAAGAAGAUCCGAUUAAAGAAAGAUUCAUGAAUUUAGGCGUGUCAGAAAUAGAAAGACCUGAAGGUUUUCCAAUGAAUGUGGACCUCGACAAUAGCAUCGAGUCGGAUAGCUUAGAUGGUUAUUCAAUCUCUGAAAGCUCAAUGUAUCCAUCUGAGGAUGACUCUCAACAAAAUAUAUCUAAGUCAGUUAAGAACAAACAAGCUACCAUAAAGAAGCCAAGGGAACCAAGGGGAUCAAAGAAAAACAAAAACCAAAAAGAUAAUCAAGGGAAAGCCCCUGCUAACUACAAACCUGAUUCUAAAGGCUCCUCUGCGCUUAGCACUUCAGAAAUUUCUGAAUCCUCUGUCUCUGAAUCUGAGGUAUCGUCAAAGCGAUCUGAUGGUUGUGAAAUUGAAAUUCUGACUGGUGGAAGUAAUCCUUCAGAGUCAGACUUCGAAGAAUCCAAUAGCCAUUUUGACUAUGUCCCAAAUGAGCACACUGACUCCAUUUUGGGGCGAUUCAAGACCAACACAAAUGAUAGAAGCGAUUAUAUCAAGGACGAAAUUAGUAAUAGUCUCGUAAAAGAACAGGAAUUGGAAGCUCGUGAAGAAAACGAUCAACAACAGGAUUGAAGAUUAGAUGCAUUUAGCCAAGAGGCCAUGGAGUCUAACCAGGAUUUAUACAAAGACCAAGAUCAUAGCCAAACUGAAUCAAAGGCUGAAGACCAACAAGAAAGCUCGGCUGUAAAAGCAUCUGCUUCAGGAGAUACUUCUGCUUUAGAGAAGACUCAGAUGGAGGAAGACAAGAAUCCUGAAGUCCCUGAAGAAGAAAAGGCAAGUUUGAAAGAACAGAAGAUAACUGAAGAAGUCGACUUAGUAUAUAAAGAAGAAACUUACUCCAAUGGAAACUCCUACAAAGGACAAGUUAACGCUCGCACUGGGAAGAGACAUGGCCAAGGGACUUGUCUGUGGAAGAGUGGGAGAAAGUACAUUGGACAGUGGAAAAAUGGGAAACCAGAAGGUCAAGGGAUUAUAUAUUGUGAGGAUGGAAAUAUGUACGAAGGAGAGUGGGUAAAUGGGAAAAGACAUGAUACUGGAUUAUUCACUUGGAAGGACGGAACAACUUACCAAGGAGAAUUCGCAAAUGGUUGGAGGAAUGGACAAGGAAUCUUCAAAAAACCAAAUGGGUACUCCUAUGAAGGAGAGUGGAAAGAUGACAAGAGGCAUGGACAGGGUGUUGUAUGUUAUUCCAGUGGAAAUAAGUAUGUUGGCCAAUUUCAGAAUGGUUUAAGACAUGGAGAGGGAGUAUUCACUUGGAAGGAUGGAAGGACUCAUCAAGGACACUAUGAAAAUGGUAAGAGGAAUGGUUAUGGAGUCCUUAUUAAGCCGAACACUGGGGAGAGAUAUGAAGGACAGUGGAAGGAUGGGCUAAAGCAUGGAAAGUUCACUGUUACACUUAAAGAUGGACAAAGAGUAACUGAAUAUUAUUAUAAUGACAAGAAGGUGUAGAUCUUAAGGAUCUUGGCA